AUGCAUUCUGACUUACCAACUGAGGGCCACUUUUCUGUAUCUUCAAAAAGACGCAAUUUAGACGAAGAAAUGGAAGUUUUUGAUAAUACGAAAAAGCGACGUCUGCCCGCGGGUGGUGAUAUUGGACCAAAAUUGGUUAAUAUGAUAAAAAGACUUGAUCAAGAUUUGAAUGGUGGUACUGUGGAAACUGCUCUUGAAGAUUUAGUUUCAGUUUUGGAUGCUGCUUAUUUACCUGAAAAAAUUACUGUUUUCUCAACUCUUGUUGGUUUAUUAAAUGCUCGUUCUGAAGCGUUUGGAAAAGCGUUAAUAUCAAAAUUUUUGAAAGAGUUGCACAAUUUAUUUGUCAAAGAAGAAUAUGAAAUUUUCAUUCGUCUUGUUGCCUUUUUGUGUGAUCUUGGCAAUUCCCGUGUUCUUACGCUAAGUUCAAUUCUUGAUUUCCUUGAGGAUUUUAUUGACAAUGCUGCAGAGGAAAGUAUUAAAUCUGACUUUUUCGUUUAUUCUGUUUUACAUUCUCUUCCUUGGAUUGGUACUGCACUUAAUGAAGAUUCUCCAGAACGUUUUGAUUUACUUCUUAAAAGGAUUGAUCUUUAUAUUGGGAAGAGAAAGAAACUGCACACUUCGAUGCUGCAAGUGUGGUCGGAUCAAAAAGUUUUACAAACUGAUUAUCUGGACAGCCUUUGGAUGCAAAUACAAAAGUUUAGUGCUUCCAAUUGGCUUGAGAAGCAUAUUCUACGAAUCUAUGUCUCGUUUAAUAAUUCUUUGAAAGAUGCAAUCCAACAUGAUCUUCCUUGUAUGGACAAUUCGAUUAUUACUGCGGGAAAGAAUUAUCCACUUCCUCGUGUUGUCUUUCGACUUUUUAGUGUCUCAGAACUUCCUGAAGACGAACCACCAUUAUCGUCAGAUGAUUCGAUUGAACGUUUUUUGGUUGAGGAAGACUUAAAUUGGAUUAUUGAUAAUAAUUAUACUGAUAGAAAGUCUUGUGCAGAUGCUCUUUUGGGUUAUUACCGAAAAGAGGCCAUUCCAUUAAAUUAUAUGAUUACUGAAGUUAUUUUUAGUCAACUUUUUCGUUUGCCUAAAUCGCCUCAUUGUGAAAUUUUUUAUGGUUCUCUUUUAAUUGAACUUUGUCGUAGUCAAUCCAAUUCAAUGCCUCAGGUUUUAGCUAUGGCCGCGGAACUUUUAUUUCAGAGAGUCGAUUCUAUGCAAAUUACCUGCAUUGACAGAUUUGUCGAUUGGUUCAGCUUUCACCUUUCCAACUUUGAAUAUCGAUGGUCUUGGAGUGAUUGGGUAGAAUGUAUUGAGUUUGAUUCUUUACAUCCUAAACGAAUUUUUGUUAGAGAAGUUAUUGAUAGAUGCUUGAGAUUAUCUUAUCACAAAAAGCUUGUUGAACUGCUUCCUGGUGAAUUUGGUCCAGUUAUACCUGAUGAGCCUGUAAUUAGCUAUGUUUUAGAUGAUGAAGGGCAUCCAGCAUUUUCAAAGGCUGAACAGUUCAAAGAACUUAUAACACAAAGAGCGAAAGAUGAUGAGAUACUCGCUUUAUUGAUAGAAAACAAUGCAAACGAAGACGAACAGAUGGAAGACAAAAAUGUUUAUUCUGAAGAUUCUUUUUCCGUGUUUUUUGCGGUUUUGCUCAAAUUAGCAUCGAAAACUUUAACGCAUUCGUUUGCCGCUCUUACUAGAUAUCAUACAACACUUACAACACUAACAAUCAACAAUGAAGCAAUGCAAUCGAUUAUUUUGCGAACACUUUAUGAUUCUUGGAGUUUAAAUAAACAGAUGAUGACAGUUCUCGUUGAUAAAAUGAUCAAAAUGAACAUUUUAGAACCAGCAAUUGUACAGGCUUGGGUUUUUUCUGAGGAGAUGAAGAUUGAAUUUAAAAGAACUUGGGUCUGGGACGUACUCACCGCUGCAAUUAUUCAUUUGGAUAGGCGUCGAAAUAAACUUUCACGUGAUUUAAAUUAUUCUUGCGGCUAUUUGAAACGUCUUGAAGCAUGUAAUAGUGAACGUGAACAACAAAAAAGGAACGGGAAUUUAGCGGAAGGUGGAAAUAAUGAAAGGGAAGAGGGAGAAACUACUACUGAAGAAAAUAUUAAUGGAGUGGAAUGCGGAAGGGCUAAAGAAGUUUCGUCUGAAUUAAACUCGGGUGAUGAUGCUAUGGAUUCGACUAAUAUUAAUAGUGAACAAAACAAAAAGCGAAGAGAAGAAGGAGUGGAUCUUUUGGACUUGGAUGAACUUAUAUUUCAAGCAAAAGACAAAAUUGAUUUAAUUAAAAAUGACAUUGAACAAGUAGAUGAGGUUCUUCGAAGUGUUUUUCUUAAUAUUUGUCACAAGUUUACACUUAUUCUAACAGAACAUUUAUUGAAUUGCGAAACAGAUGGUACUGAUCAUGAUGCAAAUAUGUGGAAAUUUUCAAACGAUUUGGAACAAGAAUUAUUUUCUUCGCCAACAAUUGGCCCAAGGAUUCGUCAAAUUUUUGAACAAUUUGUUGCUUUGCGUCGUUGA